UAUUUUAUGCAGGGACUAUAUUAUCUUCACAGUAAAGGAAAAAUGCACAGAGAUAUAAAGGGAGCAAACAUUCUUUUAACUGAUAAUGGACAUGUAAAAUUAGCUGACUUUGGAGUAUCUGCACAGAUAACAGCUACAAUUGCCAAAAGGAAGUCAUUCAUUGGCACCCCAUACUGGAUGGCGCCAGAAGUUGCUGCAGUAGAAAGAAAAGGUGGCUAUAACCAACUCUGUGAUCUGUGGGCAGUUGGAAUAACUGCUAUAGAGCUUGCUGAACUUCAGCCUCCAAUGUUUGACCUACAUCCAAUGAGAGCACUUUUUCUAAUGACGAAAAGCAACUUCCAGCCUCCUAAAUUAAAGGACAAAAUGAAAUGGUCCAAUAGUUUCCAUCAUUUUGUGAAAAUGGCACUUACAAAAAAUCCUAAAAAAAGACCUACAGCUGAAAAGUUACUACAGCAUCCUUUUGUUACGCAGCCAUUAAAUCGAAGUCUUGCUAUUGAACUUUUAGAUAAAAUGAAUAAUCCUGAUCAUUCCACUUACCAUGAUUUUGAUGAUGAUGAUCCUGAGCCUCUCCUAGUGCCUCAUAGAAUUCAUUCAACAAGCAGAAAUGUGAGAGAAGAAAAGACACGCUCUGAAAUAAACUUUGGUCAAGUAAAAUUUGAUCCACCCUUGAGGAAAGAGACAGAGCCACAUCAUGAAUUUCCUGACAGUAGCGAUUUUUUGGACAAUUCAGAAGAAAUAUACUACACUGCAAGAUCUAACCUGGAUCUACAGCUAGAAUAUGGUCAUGGUCCGCAGUGUGGCUACUUCUUGGGUGCAAAUAAGAGUCUCUUAAAAUCAGUUGAAGAAGAACUGCACCAGCGGGGACAUGUGGCACACUUAGAAGAUGAUGAUGAUGCAGACGAUGAUGCUAAACAUGCUACAAUGAAACCUAAAGUGCCACCUCCUUUGCCACCAAAGCCUAAAUCCAUCUUUAUCCCCCAAGAAACCCAUUCAUCUGAAAAUGAUAAUCAAGGGACAAUCAAGAGAUGCCCAGCAUCAGAGAGCCCAGCAAAAUCUGCAUCUCAGGUUCCACCCAGGCCACCACCUCCUCGGUUACCUCCACAGAAAUCUAAUGCUUUAGGUAAUGGAGUCACUUCUGUACAAUUAAAUGGUGAAAGAGAGGGAUCACCACUUCAACAGAAUGAAGCUAGAGAUACUCACUUUUCAAGGAAAGAAAAGAAGGAAAUACUGAAACCAAUUAGUAAUGGCCUUCCUCCUACGCCUAAAGUACAUAUGGGUGCUUGCUUUUCAAAGGUUUUCAAUGGCUGCCCACUAAAAAUUCAUUGUGCAACUUCAUGGAUAAACCCAGACACAAGAG